AGUAUUUUCCUUCUCACUGUAAUGGAGCGUGCUAUUGGAGUACCGCUUCUCAACACAACAUUUGGAAUACCGCUUCUCAACAUGACAUUGAAUUUUGAGCCAGAAACGAGAGUAUCGGAUUCGAGCAAUUGGCUACUUGCCAUUGCAAUCCUCGGCGCUUUGGUCUUGUUCUCUUUGCUGGUCGUUGGAUUCCGAUUUAUACUCCGAAAACGUUCAUCUCACGUGACAACUCAUGCGGAUGUGGAGAACGCUAAAACAGGCACCAAUCAAAGUUACUAG